GACUGAAUAGAGUCUCUAUUGUCUCUUGCCAUGGCUGACGAUACGGAAGAGGUUCCUCCAGAGGUGCAUCACUACAAUCACAAGGGUGAAGUGCCAUGGGAUAUUCAGAAUUACUGGUCCCAGCGCUAUAAGAUCUUCUCUCGAUAUGAUGAGGGUGUCUGGUUGACCGAUGAUGCCUGGUUCGGAGUCACUCCAGAACCCGUCGCCAAUAAAAUAGCAGAGCAAGUCGCUGAGUCCGCACCAGACGGGCGCAGUAUCCUCGUCGACGCAUUCGCAGGAGCUGGUGGAAACACCAUUGCCUUUGCCCGGAGUGGAAGAUGGAAACGAAUCUACGCCAUUGAAAAGGAUCCGGCUGUGCUGCGAUGCGCCAAACACAAUGCCAAGGUCUAUGGGGUUCAAGACAAGAUCACUUGGUUUGAGGGCAGUUGUUUUGAUAUUUUGAAGAACCAGCUCAAGGACUUGGCUCCGUACGGUAUCAUUUUUGCGAGUCCUCCGUGGGGUGGCCCGGGAUACCGCUAUGAUCAGGUAUUCAAUCUACGUACUAUGGAACCGUACUCUCUGGCUGCCUUGUACAAGGAGUACUCUGCUUUCUCAGAACACAUGGUCCUGUACCUUCCUCGGACGUCUGAUCUACGGCAACUGGCGAAGGUGGUCGAGGAUGGCCAGAAGGUGACGGUUAUGCAUUACUGCAUGGAAGGGGCCAGUAAAGCGCUGUGUAUUUUCUACGGUGGAUUUAAUGUACAAUGAUAGAAUGUAAUCAUAAUAUGACUUGCUGGCUACAUAUGAAUAGUAGUAGUAUGG